AACAGCUUUCCUCACUUUGCAAAGCUUGAUGGAGAAGAAGAAUGAGUUGAGAGCUAUGAUUACUAGUGAUGAAUGGAAUGAAAGCAAGCAUGCAAAGAGUGUAAAGGGGAAGGCGGCGGUGAAUAUUGCUUUGAGUGCUUCUUUUUGGAAUGGGGUAAGUCUUUGCUUGAAGGUGUUUGCCCCUUUAGUCAAGGUGCUUCGCCUUGUUGAUGGGGAUAGAAAGCCAUCAAUGGGCUUUGUGUAUGGAGAACUACUUAGAGCCAAGGAGGAGAUUAAAAUGGCAUUCAAAGAUCAAGAAACUCACUAUCGUCCAAUCCUUGACAUUGUUGAUGGAAAAGCCCGUGGUCGACUUGAUAGUCCAUUGCAUUUAGCGGGUUACCUCUUGAACCCUUACUACACAUAUGCCAAUCCAAGUCUUGAGAAUGAUAAUGUGGUUAUGGAUGGGUUCUUCACUUGUGUUGAGACAUUCUUUCCUGAUGACAUUCAAACUCAAAGUUUGGUGACAAAUGUAGAAUUGCACAAGUAUUUGAAGAAACAGGAUGGAUUUGGAAGAGGUUUGGCUAAGGCGGGAUGCACACAAAAUGAUGACACUUAUAAUCCGGUUUUGUGGUGGAAUAUUUAUGGAAACCUUGUACCAAGAUUGCAAAGUAUGGCUAAAAGGAUACUUUCAUUGACCACAAGCUCAUCCGGAUGUGAGAGAAAUUGGAGCGCUUUUGAGGGGAUCCAUACAAAGAAAAGGAAUAGACUAGAUACAACGAGGUUGAACAAUUUAGUUUAUGUCCAAUUCAAUGCCAAGAUCAUCAACAAGAAGAGAAGAAUGAAAGAGAAGAAUGUGGAUGUAUUACUAGCAUGUGAAGCUAAUAUGGCCCAAGGAUGGAUUGUGGAUGGUGGUGAUGAAGAUGUAGAUUCCGAUCUUACUAGUGAAGUAGUUGGAGAGGGAUCGGGAUUGGGAGUGGAUAGUAGCUUAGAGCAUAGGAGAAGUAGUAGAAUUCAAGAAAUUAGGGAACUUCAUGAGGAGGAUUUUGUAUCGGAUGAAGAGGAAGAAGAUGAGAUGACUUUUGAGUUUGAGUCCGAUGAGGAGGGAGUACUAGAGGGAUAUGGAGAAGAAGAAUUUGAGGGUUAGGCUUGGAACUUGGAAGUGGAAGAUUUGGAAUGUUGCAGAUUUAUAUAAUUAUAACAUAUAGCAGAUUUGGAAUUUGAGGAUCCCUUUUUACCUUUUAUAUUUUUAUUUAUGACAAUGUAAUUAUAUGUUGCAGAUUUGGAAUGUUGCUUGGUUGGAAUGUUGCUU